ACGAAUUGUCUUUCAUUUCUUUUUCGGACAAGCCAAGCCAAACCAAAGCCAUUUUUUACUUUUCUCUCUUUCUCUACCAUUUGUUUCUUAUAUUAUCUUCCUCUCUCUCUCUCUCUGAAAAACGAAAAACUAAACCCUAAUUUUCUCUUCUAAUUAAUUUCCACGUUCGCGAUCUCUCUAUUGAUGGCUUCUGGAUCGUCGGGCCGAGCCAAUCCAAUCUCCAAGGGCUUCGAUUUUGCCUCCGAUGACAUUCUCUGCUCCUAUGAAGACUACGCCGACCAGGAUUCCACUAAUGGAAAUCAUUCCGAUCCUGUGAUUAGCUCCAGUUCCAACAAGGAAUUUCAAAAGAGCAGGAGAUCAAGACCAUCUGUCUAUUCUGGCAAUGCAUAUAGCCAGCCUGAAGAGUCUCUCAACCAAGAUAUAACUUCUAUGGUUGAACUAACCAUGAAAAAACAUACUGAUAACCUCAUGCGUUUUCUUGAGGGAAUCAGUUCACGGUUAUCGCAGUUGGAAUUGUAUUGUUAUAAUCUUGAUAAAUCAAUGGGUGAAAUGAGGUCUGAAUUAGGUCGUGACCAUUCUGAAGCAGAUACAAAGCUUAAAUCACUUGAGAAACAUAUUCAGGAGGUCCACAGGUCUGUGCAGAUUAUAAGAGACAAGCAAGAACUUAUUGAGACACAAAAAGAGCUGGCGAAGCUUCAACUUGUGCAGAAAGAGUCUUCCUCUUCAAGUCAUUUGCAAUCCACUGAGGAGAGAGCAUCACCAACUGUCCCUGAAGGUAAAAAGAAAGAAAAUGCAUCUGAUAUGCACAAUCAGCAGUUAGCUCUGGCUCUCCCCCAUCAAGUAGCUCCACAGCAACAGCCUGUGGCACUCCCUUCUCAGCCACCCCCACAGAAUGUGACACGUCAGCAAUCCUAUUACAUGCCCACAAAUCAAAUACCAAACCCCCCAGCCCCAGCACCAGCCCUUGCCCCCUCCCCCAUCCCAGCCUCAGUCCCUGUCCCAGUCCCAAGUCAACAGCCUCAAAGUCAAUAUUUGACUUCUGAUCCUCAAUAUCGUACUUCCCAAGUGCCAGACCCCACUAGGUUGGCCCCACAGGUUACACAUUCUCAGGUAAAUACAGUGCCUCCUGGCCACCAAUUCCCCCAACAGUAUCAGCAGCAGUGGCCACAGCAGUUACCUCAGCCGGUACAACAAUCUCAACAGCCCUCAAUGCAGCCCCAGAUCAGGUCUCCAUCAACAACAGUUUACCCAACAUAUGCUUCCAGCCAACCAACUCCACCUCCUCCAGAGAUGCUGCCAAAUAGCGGUUCUAUGCAAGUUUCAUAUUCAGGAGUUUCUCAACCAGUAUCUAGCCGGGCUGAUGCAAUGCCUUAUGGAUAUGGAGCACCGGGUAGGACAGCUCCACAGCAGGCACCAUCAUCUCAACAAAUUAAGGGUGGUUAUAGGGUACAACCUGGUGAUGGAUAUGCAUCUGCUGGGCCACUUCCCACUCCCGGGAGUGCAUAUAUUAUGUAUGAAGGUGAAGGGGGCAGAACACAUCAUCCAUCUCAACAGUCUCACUACCCACCGGGUGGAUAUCCCCCACCAAAUCCUCAACCUACUGUUGGUGCCAAUCUUAUGAGCCGGCCUCCAAGCCAUUCACAAUUCAUCCGCAACCAUCCAUACAAUGAGUUGAUUGAGAAAUUGGUGAGCAUGGGGUUUAGAGGUGAUGUUGUGGCCAGCGUGAUUCAGAGAAUGGAAGAGAGUGGUCAGCCUGUGGAUUUUAAUGCUGUGCUCGACCGGUUGAAUUUGCAUCCUUCUGGGGGUUCUCAUAGAGGAUGGUCAGGGUGAAGAAAACUAUUUUCAUGCUCUAUUAGAGUGACAAUUAAAUCUUUGCAUCGGACUGAAUAAAGGUUUCUUGUUUAUCUUGUAUACGUGACCUUAUUUUUGUAAUGUUUUUGUGUCUGUAUGCAUGGCCCAACUUUUAUGUGGCCUAAUUUCUCAACAUUUCGAUAAAUCAUUUAUAGAAUAGAAUAUGAUA